AUGUUUUCUGACUGCACAAAGUCAAAAAUCUCUGAACUUUAUUCUGGUGUAGAUGAUAUUAUUAAUGAAAAUGCUUCAAUUAACUUGUGUAAUAAGUCUAUAUCGUACAAGUCUAUUUUGGAGAAAAUCAAACAUCAACCAUUUAUUGAUGUAUGUAGGAAGAAUUGUCUCUUGGAUUUGGGCUCAAUCGAUCACUCUGCCAUAGAUACAACAUUAAAGAAUAUUGCCGUUAUAGAAAAAAGUGAAAAGAAUGCAGUUAUUGAAAUGUGUUGUAUUGACAAAUUUCCAAAUGUUAAAUUUAUGCAUUCUGAAAUGAAAAAAAAUAAUGGUGUUCCAUUACUAGCUCCUCCAACAUUUUCGAUUGAUUUGUCUAAGGAAACUAUUGACGCCUAUACUGGAGUUCGCAUCAAUACUGGAUAUAUUGUUAAUAUUAAACAAAUGCCAAUGGAGAAAACUGUUUCUAAUGAAAGUAUUGUUGAUAAUGGUAUUAGAUCUGAAAGUAAUUUUGUUAUUGUACCACAAAUUGUAUCUAAGCAUGAUGGACUGAUACAAGCUCUGUAUCCUCGUGAUCCUGUAGAUACUGGAUUAUUAACUAUCAACUUUACUACCACUAAACAAUUGGAUACGUCUCUGCCAAUGCAAGUUGAAAUGAAGGCAUACAGUGUAUUGCCACCUAUGGAUACUGUAAGUAUUAUUGACUAUACUAAUAGAGAAUCCUAUACCAUUAGUCAUGCAAAAUUAUUUAAAGCUAAAGACACUCCUGGUGUCUAUGGAAGAUUUGUUAGGAAUACCAAAACUAAGUUUAUGGCUAACAAAUUUGAUUUGACUAGCAUUCCCAAUUCGUUGCUAUUGGAUACAUUUAAUCAUAAGACAAAUCCAAUUAGUAUAUAUACCAAAAAAUCAAGCUUGAUAGAAUAG